AUGAAGGCCGUCCUCCUUGCCCUGCUGGCCGCUGGCUUGGCGCUGCAGCCAGGCACUGCCCUCAAGUGUUACUACUGCAAGACCCAGGUGAGCAACAAGGACUGCCAACAUGUGCAGAACUGCACCGAGUCUGAGACCCAGUGCCGGACGGAGCUCAUCCGUGCCAUUGGCCUCCUGACUUUCAUCAACAAGGGCUGCAGCUCGAACUGUGUUGCGGGGUCAGAGGACUACUACUUGGGCAAGAAGAACAUCACGUGCUGCGACACUGACCUGUGCAACAUCAGUGGGGCCCAGACCCUGCAGCCGGCCAUCACCACCCUGGCACUGCUCACUGUGCUUGGUGGUCUGCUGCUCUGGGGCCCCAGCCAACUGUAG